UUUCUGACGAGAAGCCUCUCUCGUUUUCUUUCUUCCUUCGUUUCCUUUUUCAUUUUCUGGGGCCAAGUAUUUCGAACCCUAGAUAUACAGAGGGCGGGGUGAAUUUUUCGGGAAACGAAGAUCGAAGCAGGGAAAUUUACCUAGAAAAUGCAGAGGUUGAAGCAGCAGCAGCAGCAACAAGCCCUGAUGCAGCAAGCGCUUCUCCAACAGCAGUCUCUCUACCACCCCGGCCUCUUGGCUCCGCCUCAGAUAGAACCAAUUCCAAGUGGAAAUCUUCCCCCUGGUUUUGAUCCGAGUACUUGCCGCAGUGUUUAUGUGGGCAAUAUCCAUAUUCAAGUGACGGAAGUUCUUCUUCAAGAGGUUUUUGCUAGCACUGGUCCCGUGGAAAGCUGCAAAUUGGUUAGGAAGGAAAAGUCAUCUUAUGGUUUUGUCCACUAUUUUGAUCGAAGAUCUGCUGCUCUGGCUAUCCUUUCUCUCAACGGAAGGCAUUUGUUUGGGCAGCCUAUCAAGGUUAAUUGGGCUUAUGCGAGUGGCCAGAGGGAAGAUACAUCAAGUCACUUCAAUAUUUUUGUUGGGGAUCUUAGUGCUGAGGUUACCGAUGCAAUGCUAUUUGCUUGUUUUUCUGUUUACCCAAGUUGCUCGGAUGCAAGGGUUAUGUGGGAUCAAAAAACUGGGCGUUCAAGGGGAUUUGGAUUUGUUUCUUUCCGAAACCAACAGGAUGCCCAGAGUGCGAUAAAUGACUUAAAUGGGAAGUGGCUUGGUAACAGGCAGAUACGGUGCAACUGGGCAGCGAAAGGAGCCAGUUCUGGCGAGGACAAGCAGAAUUCUGAUGCCAAAAGCAUCGUGGAAUUAACAAGUGGUGCAUCGGAGGAUGGUAAAGAGACAGCGGAUCCGGAUUCGCCUGAAAACAAUCCUCAGUACACCACUGUUUAUGUUGGCAAUCUUGCUCCAGAGGUAACUCAGCUUGACCUUCACCGUCACUUCCAUGCAGUUGGUGCUGGAGUCAUAGAGGAGGUCCGUGUCCAAAGAGACAAGGGCUUUGGAUUUGUGAGAUACAGUACUCAUGGCGAGGCCGCCCUCGCUAUUCAAAUGGGUAACACACAUUCAUACCUCGGUGGCAGGCAAAUCAAGUGUUCGUGGGGAAGCAAGCCCACCCCUCCAGGAACAGCCUCAAACCCGCUUCCACCGCCGGCUCCAGGUCCAGCACCAAUGGCGGGAUUCUCGGCAAGUGACCUGUUGGCAUACGAGAGGCAGCUGGUGAUGAGCAAGAUGGGGGGAAUGAGCCCGCUGGGACAACAUGCCCUGAAGCAGGCUGCCGCCGCUAUGGGACCCAGUGGUUCGAGCCACCAGGUCCAGGCCCUUUACGACAGCGGGUUCCAGAACGUUGCGGCUGCUCAGCAGCUGAUGUACUACCAGUAAUGUAACGAUCUCUCGCCAUAGACCGAGUGAGUCAUAUUACUACAUUUAGAGAAGCUUUUCUAAUGUAAGCGUUUCUUUUUUCUGCUCUAUAAUUCGUGUGUUCGUCUGUUUCCCUCUGAUGAUUUGCCUUGUGUGCCCAUCUUCAUAAUACUCGUUUUUCUUUUAAUUUUUCGUUAUGAGUUGUAAAACCUCCCCUUGUGCUUUUGUUUUUUUCUCUCUUUUUAAUGUAUAUCAUAUUUGGUGCUGUUUA